AUGUCAUUACAAGUGUAAUGCAUGGAUGAUGUGUAUAUAAGCUUCUAUUAAUGCUUAAUGAAAAUUAAGUUACAACUAUACACUUUGCUCUAUUUUUUAAGUUUCUGGUUUUGGUGAUGCCUUUCCUUACUUAAGCUCGAUUAUAACAGUUUGUCCUUGUGCGUUUGAGAUGGUUGGAGCAUUGGAAGAGGCUGUUAAGUAUGGAAGGAUGGAAUUGGCAAAAUUUUUUGGGUUGGAUGGAUUUGAUGAUUUAGUGCAGAACUGUGUUGCUCUGCUGGCAUAUGAACGUCCACAGGAGUCCUCUGUUGGAUAUCUUCUUGAAGAGUCACAACGCGAUGUUGUGGCAGACACAAUUAAUGCUAUGAUCUUAUCGACAAAUCCCAAUAUGAAAAAUCUGCAAAGCUGUCUACAUUCUUACCUCGAGAAACUACUGAGGCAGCUAACUACUUGCUAUUUGGAGAGAAGGUCGUCAAAUGGGGACCAGGGUGAAGCAUUCCAUUUGCAUCGGGUUCUUAACAGUGGUAAAGACAUCAAGUCCUAGCUGAUAUACGUAAAUUGCACCACUGAUCUUUUUCUGUCCAUAUCACCUAUAGAUCUUUGCUUAAUACCCUUCUCAAUUUACAAGUCACUAGAUUGGUCUUACUAUCUGCUAUAUGGAGUCGAGCACCCCCUUAGGGUCCCCCGCUCCCACAAAAAAAAAAAAGGUUCUACAUUCUCUCUAAAGAUGGGGUGUUUUCCCCAUGUGCUUGUAAGC